CUGUGUCGGAGCAUCCGCAGGACGUGUAGUUUGGAGUUUCACUGCAGAAGGAAGAUUUGUUUUAGUUUCUUUUAUUUUUUGAAUGCUUAGCUAGCGGAGAAGAACAUCUUCAGGGUAUUACCACAGGAAUAUAAAACAUCUACGGGAGUGAAGAGACUAUGCAGCCUUCAUCAGGCAGUCACAACCAUGUCAACUGUGUUCAGACGCAACUGUGCGCCCAGCUGGAGUUCGUCCAGAUCCUGGUGAUCGUGGUGGUGAUGAUGGUGAUGGUGGUGGUCAUCACCUGUCUGCUGAACCACUACCGCCUAUCAGCACGCUCCCUCCUCUCCAGACACGCCCCCGCACGCAGGAGACACCUGCCAUUGGCCAACGAGGCCAGUCUAUGGUCUUCUGAGGGCACGGGGACAAACAGUCUUAAUGAGCACCAGGUGUACAACCCGCGGCCCCCAGACAGAGGCGUCCCCUCGUCCUACCUACAGCGGGAGCCUCAGCACGCCAGCCUCCUCUGCAGUCGCAGCGCUUCCAGCACUCGUAUGCCCCGAAACAAAAACAAGCUGAGUCAGCGCACAAAGGAAGUAGAGCUGCAACAAUUGUGA